AUUUAUGUAUAUAUAUAUAAGUGUAUCACUAUAGCGGGAGGCAGAAGACUCAGCAGUAUGGGGAUAUUAGCUUACACAUGUCUACUAUUGUCACUCGGCGUUCUGACCUGUGUCUCGCUAUGCACAGACGAAGAAAACCGUAAAUCUAGACGGCAGAUUGGACAAGACGGAGCUUCAACUACUCUUACUGUCACAGGAGUUCACAGGAAUCGACACCAGAAACUCGUGACAGAGACACUACAUGGCCCUAACGUCUGUAAUACAACCAUUGAGUACUAUGGUAUUGUAGAGGAAACGUUUAUAUUUAUUUGGACGGCGAGGAAGCCUUGUGGUGACGUCACAGCUCGCACCACGGCUUGUACAGACGGAUUUUACACAAAGACAGAAACCGGUGUUGGAGUAAGAAAUGUAACAAGGAAAAUGAUAAAAAUGAUACCAGAGUGUUGUUCCUUGCACAAAGAAGAAAAGAAUUUGUGUGUUAAAGACACCGUCGCCAUUAUCAGCCUCGUUGUCAUUCUGUCAGUGUUAGUGGGCGUGGUCUCGUUUAUAUGUUUGUGCUGCUACUGCUGUUGCUGCCGAAGAAAAAAGGUGAUACAUUUAUAUAUACAUAUAUAA